GCAACGCGCCGCGCGACACACGUACUUGGCGUCACACGGCUGGAGUCCUUAUUGUUUUUUCCGCGCACACGAUAUACGAGCUUAUUUCGUCCCGAUUGGUAUUCGCGUGGUUCGGGUCGGCAUAUUUAUCGUAAACGGGAUAGCGCCGGCGUUUUCAGGACGAUCGUGACGGACGGAAAAUAAAAUCGCGAUCGCGCGCGCGCGUGUGUGUGGGUACGAGUGUGUGGGGACGUGUUCGUGUGUGUUCUGUUGAGUAUUUCGUUUAAAAUUAAAAUUGAAUUCGUUUCAUAGAUUCUGCAGGUGAAUUUCGACAAACAUGGCAACUACUUUAACCGUUGCCGGGAUGUGUUGGGCGACAUUAUCAUUAGCAGCCUCAUUCCUGUGCAGUUUUGGAUUUUAUUUACCAUUUUGGAUACAGGGUCGAUUAAUGGACAAAGCUGACGCUUACUUCAGCUCGUUCCGAAGGUGUAACUACCCCAGACUCAUGUCAGACGGCACUGUGGCGCUUGUACACGAGUGCGGCCGAUACGCCAAGUUCAAUGACAUUCCAAGUGUAUGGUGGCAGAUAAGUACGGUUCUUAUAGGAGGUGCGACUGCAAUCACAGUGAUUGUGGCAGUAUCUGCUGUAUCUGCAUGUUGCGUGACACAUGUUAUACAAAAGUCGACAGCCAAAGUCGCCGGAUACCUGCAGCUGUUAGCUGCGGCUCUUGUCAGCAGUGGUGGCGCUAUUUAUCCGAUUGGCUGGGAUAAUAGAGAAGUGAAAGAGUCCUGUGGGAACAUAUCUGGACCAUAUAAGCUAGGAACGUGUCAUCUGUCGUGGUCCGUGUACAUGUUGGGUUCUUCGGUGGCGCUGCUCUUGUUGUGCUUCUACCUGAGCUUCUACUCGUCCCGCGACAGCCCGGGCAAUUCAUUUCGUUCUAUCUGAUGAGUGCACGCUCAGGCCACAGCAUCCUCCUCCGCACAUGACCCAGGAUACGCCGCUGGCCAUUAUUUCUGUCGCACGUGAAACGCACGUCGCCAGCCUCCGCAAAAACGACAACGACGACGACGACGACGACGAAACACAAUUCAAACCAACCAUUAUCGCUCACUGUAAACUCUAAAACAAUAAUAAUAUUAUAUUAUACCACAUUGUAUUUCGUAUUUGUUAAAAAAUCAAAAAACCGUCAGGCACUUAUGAUACUAUCGUUAUAAUAAUUGUUGUUAUCAUAAUAUUAUUUCGAUAAUAAUUAUGACUGUACGCCGUAACGAACAUUGAUUACCGUCUAUUCUUUAUCUUAUUUUUCUGUCGUUUUCGCGUCUACAUAAUACGAGUAAUAUUAUUGCAUGCGUACGAUAUGCAUUAUUACGAUAUUGUCUUGUUCUAUGAAAAAAUCCUGUAAACACUACGUGUUGUUGAAUUUAAUAGUAAUAAUAAUAAUAUUCAUUCAAUUAAAAUUAAAACGUAGUCUUAAUCGUAAAUUGUGUAUGUAUAACUUAGUAUUCUUUCGGUCAAUCGUUGUACGGAGAAUAGCGAUUGACAACCAAGAAUAAUAUUAUAACUGCAAUAUAAUAAUAUAUUAUGUAUAUUAUUGUUGUGUAAAUAUCUGUUAUUUGAAAUUUAAAUAUUUCAUUUGGAUUUGUAUUAUUUAUACUUUAUUACUUUUUUUUUUUUUUUGUGUGUAUUUCUAUAUUAAAUGAUAUUAUAUUGCAUUAUUAGCAUUGGAACAUUUAUGUUUUCCAAAAUUAGAAAAAUAUUGAAAAUUUAAGUUGAAAAAAUAAUAUUUAAAUUCAACAAAAACGGCUACCCAGCAAUAUGUACAUGGGAGAACAUUUAGUAGUGCAGAAGUUAUUAUCGAAAUGUUAUUAUUAUUAUUUAAUUACUAGUACCGUUUAAUCAAUAUUAUUGUUUUUUUUUGUUUUUUUUACUUGUACAUACUAUUGAUUUAACUACAAUUUAUUUAAUUAUACAGAAGUAAGUUUAUUCAAAAUAAUAUAUUUAAAAUAAAUACACAAUUUCCAAUUAAAUAAUUUCGAUUUGUAGAAAUAACACAGUUUUUUUUUCAUUGUUUAAUAUUGUGGUUAUUAACUGCUUAUAGCUCAUAAAAUGUGUAAUAGAUUGUAUUUUUUUUUAAUCUAAAUAAUUAAACAAUAAUUUAUAAAUACAUUUUAAGUGAAUUUUAAUGGUCUAAGAAAGUUAUAAUUUUUGUUUUUUUUUUAAUUAUAAUUCAUUGUACAGAAUAAAUUAAUUUUUAAGCAAUUAUUGAACCCUUCCUUAUGUGCAAAGUUUGACGAUGAACCGAAUAAGCACAAAAUUAAUAUUGAUCAUAUUAAUUAUUUACACUAUUAUUAUUCGUUAAAAUAUAUUAUAUAUUUAUUAUAAUACAAUACUAUAAUCUUUAGUGUCAUAAAAAUAUAAAAUAUAAUUCACGAGCCACAUACAAUUUGUCAAAUAUACGCAAACAUAACUAUUGU